GUCCUAACUUGAACGGUCUUUUUGGGAGGCAAUCUGGUACCACCCCUGGUUAUUCUUACUCUACUGCAAACAAGAACAUGGCCGUGAUAUGGGGGGAAUCAACUUUAUAUGACUACCUACUUAAUCCCAAAAAGUAUAUUCCUGGUACAAAGAUGGUUUUCCCUGGUCUGAAGAAGCCUCAAGAACGUGCAGAUCUGAUUGCGUAUCUUAAGGAAUCCACAGCAUCAUAAGUCAUGUUCAGUCGGCAAUUCCUCUCUUUUUUCUUUUUUUGUCUAAUAAGAUUUCCAAUAAAACCUGGAAAAUGGUUUGCUUGCUUGAGGUUACUAAUUUUUUUUGGCCUCUUCUCAGGGCAUUGUUUCCUCCAAGAUGCAUUCAUUUUGCUGUAAAAUAGUUGCUGUGGUGCCGUUGCAUGACACCCCAGCAACCUUUCUAAGAUGAUGGUACGUUGUGCUGUGCUUCUAAGCUGAUUUAUGUGUAGAUUUUUGUGAAAUUUCAAAUGGUCUGAAUCUUU